AUGCCUCGAGUUCCAAAGAGUCAACGCUCCUCGCUUGAUAUUCCCAUGCCUGUGGAAGAGGAUUCUUCCUCCUCCUCCUCCACCCCUGUUGCUUCCUCUUCCUCCUCCUCCACCUCUUCCUCUAGCUAUCCUCUGCUUUCAAGUAACCCAAGCACCUCAGAGGAGGAGGGGGAGGAGCAGGAGGAGAAUGUGGAGGAGGAAGAGAAUGAGGAGCAGGAGGAGGUUCCUGCUGCUGCUGGGGCACCGAGUUCUCCCGUGAGCUCUCCAAGUGCCCAUGCCUCCCCUACUGCCCUUGCCGCUGCUGCUCCCUUGAGCCAAUCCAGCAGCGAAGAAUGGGAGGGUCUGAGUACCUCCUGGGCCCUGCCAGGUACAGAGUCCUUGCCCAGAUGUGUGAUUAAUGAUAAGGUAGCUGAUCUGGUGGGGUUCCUGCUCCUGAAGUAUCGCACAAAGGAGCAGACCACAAGGGCAGAAAUGCUGAGUAGCAUCAUCAGAGAGCACCAGGACCACUUUGCUGUAAUCUUUAGGGAGGCCUCUGAGUGCAUGCAGCUGGUUUAUGGCAUUGAUGUGAAGGAAGUGGACCCCACCAGCCACACCUAUGUCCUAGUCACCAACCUGGGCCUCACCUAUGAUGGGAUGGUGAGCGAUGAGCACAGUAUGCCCAAGACGGGCCUGCUGAUACUCAUCCUUAGUAUAAUCGUCUUGGAGGAUGAUUGUGUCCCCGAAGAGAGGAUAUGGGAAGCACUGAAUGCCAUGGGGGUGCAUGCGGGGAUGGAGCAUAGCAUCUAUGGGGAGCCCAGGGAGCUCCUCACCAGAGUUUGGGUGCAGGAACAGUACCUGGAGUACCGGCAGGUGCCCAACAGCGAUCCUGCACGGUACGAGUUCCUGUGGGGUCCCAGGGCCCACGCUGAGACCACCAAGUUGAAAGUCCUGGAGUUUUUGUCCCAGGUCAGUGGGAGUGACCCCAGAUCCUUCACACACUUCUAUCAGGAGGCUUUGAGAGAGGAGGAACAGAGAGCCCAGGCCAGAGUUAGGACCACAGAUGAUACUACUGCCAUGGCCAGUGCAAGCUCUUCUGCCAUGCCCAGUGGCUUCUUCUGCCUUGACUGA